GGCCAGGCCACAGUGAACGGCGCUCUCUCUUCGGAACACAUCAUACAUCACGAGACGGGUGGAUAUCGAACAGCGGCGCAGGUCACAAUCGACUUGCGAGCCUUGCAUUCACACAAUUUCCCUGUCAAGUCCGCCGCUGCCAUUUGACAUAUUGCGCCCGCUUUCGACCAACUCCACUCCCCAUGAAGGUGAAGAUCCAGCAGUGGAACGCUGUGGCGACCUGGCGGUGGGACAUUCCCGAAGACGAUGUGUGCGGCAUCUGCCAGGUCCACUUUGACGGAACAUGCCCGACAUGCAAAUACCCCGGCGAUGACUGCAGCCUUUUGUCUGGGAAGUGCGGACACAAUUUCCACAUGCAUUGCAUUCUCGAGUGGAUAAAGCAAGACUCGGCCAAGGGCCAAUGCCCCAUGUGCCGGCAGAGAUUUGAAUGGACCGAGCCGUUGAAUGGGACCACCGCGGAUAUUACCUAGGGUGUCCCAGAAGCUUAAUUCACCAGGGCCAUAGUAACUGGAUCUGUAUCGUUUCGCACUCUGGCACACCUCGGCGCUUCAGUUCGUCAAGAUCAGGAAUACAUGGGGCCUCCGACAGGGAUGCCCCGCAAACAAUUGUCUGGGAGGGAGGGCAGGUGGUUUUGGAAGGGUCAACUCGUGCUGAGGAUGGGAUGCCUGCAGUGCUGCCGGUGAUUGGACUGUGAAUUGAGACAGCAGUCCAGCCUUGGUACGGUAUGUUCUC